AUGCCGUUCCCAUUUGGGAAGUCUCACAAGUCUCCAGCAGAUAUCGUGAAGAACCUGAAGGAGAGCAUGGCUGUGCUGGAGAAGCAAGACAUUUCUGACAAAAAAGCAGAAAAGGCCACAGAAGAAGUUUCCAAAAAUCUGGUUGCCAUGAAAGAAAUUCUCUAUGGCACAAAUGAAAAAGAGCCGCAGACGGAAGCAGUGGCACAGCUCGCUCAAGAACUGUAUAAUAGUGGGCUCCUGAGCACCCUGGUGGCAGACCUGCAGCUCAUUGACUUCGAGGGCAAAAAAGAUGUGGCUCAAAUUUUCAACAAUAUUCUCAGAAGACAAAUUGGCACAAGAACGCCUACUGUUGAAUACAUCUGCACCCAACAGAAUAUUUUGUUCAUGUUAUUGAAAGGGUAUGAAUCUCCUGAAAUAGCUCUAAAUUGUGGGAUAAUGUUAAGAGAGUGCAUCAGACAUGAACCACUUGCAAAAAUCAUUUUGUGGUCAGAACAAUUUUAUGAUUUCUUCAGAUAUGUCGAAAUGUCAACAUUUGACAUAGCUUCUGAUGCAUUUGCCACAUUCAAGGAUUUGCUUACAAGACAUAAGUUGCUCAGUGCAGAAUUUUUGGAACAACAUUAUGAUAGAUUCUUCAGUGAGUAUGAGAAGUUACUUCAUUCAGAAAAUUAUGUGACAAAAAGACAGUCACUCAAGCUUCUCGGUGAACUAUUAUUAGACCGACACAACUUCACAAUUAUGACAAAAUACAUCAGUAAACCCGAGAACCUCAAAUUAAUGAUGAAUCUUCUACGAGACAAAAGUCGUAACAUCCAGUUCGAGGCCUUUCACGUUUUUAAGCUGAUGCAGAUCUCUCUCCGGCAGGUGUUCGUCGCCAACCCUAACAAGACACAGCCCAUCCUAGAUAUCCUCCUCAAGAACCAGACCAAGCUCAUAGAGUUCCUCAGCAAGUUUCAGAACGACAGGACCGAGGACGAGCAGUUUAACGACGAGAAGACCUAUUUAGUUAAACAGAUCAGGGACUUGAAGAGACCAGCUCAGCAAGAAGCCUAA